CCCCCUGCAUCUCUACCAAAAUGGCUGGCUCAGACGUCUCCUCUAGCGCCGCCGCCAUCUCCAAGCGCCCCAUCGUGGUCGCGCUAGGCUCGGCAAGGCUCUCCAUUCCCGUCUCGACUGACAAGGAUGCGUGGAUUGCCGCCGAGGUCCUGCGGGACGAGUUUACCCACGAUCAGGCCGCGGAGGACGCGAUAGAGACCACCAUAGAGCUCGAGAACCCACACGAGGCAGCUGUCGAGCUUGCCGCCAAGUUUCUCGCAUACAUCACCGCAAACCUAGACGCGGACCAGGAGUCUGGCCCCGCUCGCACCUCCGUCCUCCUUCAUGUCUUCAAGUACUUCACCUCCGCGUACCUCGCCUCCAAGGACGUGCACUCCCUCGCCGCCUCGUUCGACACCGAUGUCCGCAAGACGGUCCUCAAGGCGUACUUUGGCGCGUACGCCGCGCUCGAGGCGCGUGCGGUCCCCGACAUCCCGAAGCAGCCGCAGUCCGCGCUUCUGACUGCCGCCGCCGAGGGCAGCGCGUCCGUCUACGCCAUCUUCGGCGGUCAGGGCACCAACGAGGUCUACUUCGACGAGCUCCAGGCGCUCUACGACAUCUACACCCCCUUCGUCGCGGCCUUCAUCCGCACGAUCACCGAGCAGGUCCUCGUCCCCCUCGCGGACAAGGAGGCCGCGUCGAGCUUCUAUGCAUACGGCUUGAACGUGAUCUCCUGGCUCCUCGAUCCCUCCUCCCGCCCCGGCGUCCCGUACUUCGCCUCGAUCCCCCUCUCCCUCCCGCUCAUCGGCCUCACGCAGCUGGUGCAGUAUCUGGUCGUGUGCCGCGUCGCCGGGCUCACGCCGGGCGAGCUGCGCACGCGCAUCGCAGGCGCGACCGGCCACUCGCAGGGCAUCGUCUCCGCGGUCGUCAUUGCCGCCUCGGAUAGCUUCGAGUCCUACACGGAGAACGCGCUCAAGGCCGUGCGCUGGCUCUUCUACUCGGGCCUGCGCGCGCAGCAGGCGUUCCCCGUUGUCGCCGUUGAGCCGUCGAUCGUCGCGGACUCCGUCGAAGGCGGCGAGGGCGUGCCGAGCACCAUGCUGCUCGUGACCGGCCUCCUGCUCAAGGAUGUUGAGACGCACCUCGCAAAGACGAACAAGCACCUCCCCUCCAACUCUAAGCUACACAUCUCCCUCUACAACGGCCCGAAGGCUUUCGUCAUCACUGGCCCUGCACGCGCACUCUACGGCCUCGUCCAGAACUUGCGCAAGGUCAAGGCGCCGAGCGGGCUCGACCAGAGCAAGGUGCCCUUCUCUCAGCGCAAGCCCGUGUUCUCCGUCCGCUUCCUCGUUGUCAACGCCCCCUACCACUCCGAGUACCUUACCGGCGUCACCGACAAGGUCGCGGGCGAGGACCUGGCUGGCGAAGAGCUUUGGCAAGCCGCCGAUCUUAAGGUGCCCGUCUAUCACACGGAGAACGGUUCGGAUCUGCGGGAGUCGAAGUCGAGCAUUACGCGGGAACUUUGCGACCAGAUCUUUACGCUGGCUCUGCACUGGGACCGUGCGACCAACUUCCCCGAGACUGCUACCCAUGCUGUCGACUUCGGCCCUGGUGGUCUCUCCGGCAUCGGCCCCCUCACUGCACGCAACCUCGACGGUCGGGGUGUACGUGUCAUCGUCGCUGGUGACAAGGGCAAGGGCGAUGCCGAGCUCUUCGACCCCACCCAGAUCAAGACCGAGCAGUGCUGGAGCAAGAAGUGGGCGCCCAAGCUCGUCAAGACCAGCGACGGCACCAUUCACCUCGACACGCCCUUCUCUCGCCUCCUUGGCAAGCCGCCUAUCAUGGUUCCCGGUAUGACGCCGUCGACCGUGCAGGCCGGCUUCGUCAGCGCGGUCCUCAACGCUGGCUACCACAUCGAGCUUGCUGGAGGUGGUCACUUCGCCCCUGGCAUGCUUCGCGCCAAGGUCGCCGAGAUUCAGAAGCGUGUCGCCCCCGGUGUUGGUGUCACUCUCAACGCCCUUUACAUCAACCCCGCGCAAUUCACCUUCCAGCUCCCGCUCUGGCAGGAGAUGCGCCGUGAGGGCCUUCCCAUCGAGGGUUUCUGUGUCGCCGCCGGUAUUCCGACCGUCGAGAAGGCCGCGGAGAUCAUCAGCUCGCUGCAGGCCUCCGGCAUCAAGCACGUCUCCUUCAAGCCCGGCUCCGUCGAGGGCAUCCGCCAGGUCGUCGCCAUCGCCGCCGCGAACCCCGACUUCCCUGUGAUCAUGCAGUGGACGGGUGGCCGCGCUGGUGGUCACCACUCGUACGAGGAUUUCCAUGCGCCAAUCCUGGCGACUUACCGCUCCAUCCGUGCUCACGACAACCUCAUUCUCGUCGGCGGAUCUGGCUUCGGUAGCGGCGAGGACGUCUGGCCGUACCUUACUGGUGACUGGUCCAAGGAGAUGUUCGGCCUCCAGCCGAUGCCCUUCGACGGUUUCCUGUUCGGUUCGCGCGUCAUGGUCGCCAAGGAGGCGCACACUUCCGCCGGCGUCAAGGACCUCAUCGUCGCUGCGUCCGGCGUCGACGACAAGAACUGGGAGGACACGUACGUCAAGCCCGCCGGUGGCAUUCUCACCGUCCGCUCCGAGCUCGGCGAGCCCAUCCACAAGGUCGCCACCCGCGCCGUCAAGUUGUGGAAGGAGUUCGACGACACGGUCUUCAAGCUGCCGCGCGAGAAGCGCGAGGCGUGGCUCACUGAGCGCAAGGACGAGAUCAUUGGCAAGCUCAACCGCGACUUCAACAAGCCCUGGUUCCCGUGGAAGAAGGACGACAGCGCCGCCGCCGAUCUCUCUGACAUGACCUACGAGGAGGUCGUAUUGCGUAUGCUCCGUCUCAUGUACGUGGCGCAUCAGUCGCGCUGGGUUGACAUCUCCCUGCGCAACCUCACUGGCGACUGGAUCCGUCGCGUCGAGGAGCGCUUCGCGGGCGUCAACGGGACUGGUGACAAGCCGUCGCUGCUUCAGUCUUACACUCGCCUGGACGACCCGAUGCCCUUCGUCGAGGAGUUCUUCGCCGCGUACCCGCUGGCAAAGGAGCAGCUCCUCGCUACUGAUGACGCGGCGUACUUCCUCGCUAUCUGCCGCCGCCCGACUCAGAAGCCGGUGCCGUUCAUCCCUGUUCUCGACAACCAGUUCGAGUUCUGGUUCAAGAAGGACUCCCUCUGGGCUGCAGAGGACGUCGACGCUGUUUUCGACCAGGACCCGCAGCGCGUCUGCAUUCUCCAGGGCCCGGUCGCCGUCAAGUGGUCGAAGGUCAAGGACGAGCCGAUCAAGGAGCUCUUGGGCGGCAUUAACUCGACUCUCGUUACCCGCCUUCUCGAGCGCAGCUACAACAACGACGAGAGCAAGGUCCCCGUCGUCGACUACCUCGCCGCUCGUCCCAAGUCCGUUCCCUCCCUGCACUCUGCCAAGGCCGACGGCAAGCUCGUCUUCCAGACCGGUGCCACGGUGCCCUCGACGACCAGCUGGCUCGAGUCCCUCGCCGGUCCCGAGCUGUCGUGGCUCCGCGCCCUCAUCACCUCGAAGACCAUCGUCCAAGGCGGCUCCUACAUUGACAACCCCCUCCGCCGCAUCCUCAUCCCCCGUCCGCAUCAGAAGGUCGUCGUCGACUAUUCCGGCGACGUCCCGUCGCACCUCUCCGCGUUCGGCGCCAUGCGCUCGCACGGUGCCCACGACCCUGACUUCAAGGCGGUCGACAUCGCGUACGACGCCGCGUCGAAGAAUAUCAGCCUGACCCUGUUCGAGGAGCGCCGCGGCGUUUCGGUGCCGCUCAAUCUCGAGUUCGUCUACAAGCCCGAGCAGGGCUUCGCGCCGAUCCACGAGGUCGCGGAAGGCCGCAACGACCGCAUCAAGGCAUUUUAUUGGAAGCUCUGGUACGGCGACGACGAGGCCUUGCCCAACAUCGACGUGCGCGACGUUCUGAAGGGUGCCGAGGUUACCAUCAAGGCCGAGGACGUGGAGCAGUUCUGCGCUGUCGUCGGGAACCAGGGCGAGGCCUUCAAGAGCGCCCGUGAGGAGACGCCGAUGGCCCCCAUGGACUUCGCCAUUGUCACUGGAUGGCAGGCCAUCAUCAAGUCGAUCUUCCCCUCGACUAUCGAUGGAGACCUCCUGAAGCUGGUCCAUCUCUCCAACGGCUUCCGCAUGGUUGAGGGCGCGUCGCCUCUCCGCGUUGGUGACGUCUGCACCGCCGAGGCUCGUAUUUUGUCUGUCGUCAACUCCGACGCCGGCAAGAUCGUCAAGGUCAAGGGCCACGUUCUUCGCGCUGGGAAGCCCGUCAUUGAGGUCGUCUCGGCAUUCCUCUACCGCGGCAAGUUCACCGACUUCGGCAACACCUUCGAGACCACGGAGGAGCCCGACUAUGAGGUUGCUUUGGAGAACGACGCUCAGGUCGGUGUCCUGCAGUCGAAGGAGUGGUUUGAGUGGGACGACGAUACGCACCCGCUGCUCGCCGGCACGAACCUCAUCUUCCGCGUCCGCACUCAGGUGUCUUACAAGGACAAGAACUCCUUCAGCGACAUGGAAGUCUCUGGUGAGAUCUUCGUCCGCAACCAGCUGAAGGCCCUCGUCAAGGUCGGCACUGUGUCCUUCGAGUCGGAUGAGUGCAAGGGCAACCCUGUCGUCGCCUACCUCCAGCGCCAUGGCAAGGUCCUGAAUGCGCAGACUCCUCUCGCGACUGAGUACACCAUGUCAAAGGAGGUGACUCCGUUCUCUGCGCCCCUCACCAACGAGCCGUACUCCAAGAUCUCCGGCGACUUCAAUCCCAUCCACAUCAACCCGUACUUCGCCUGCUUUGCCUCCCUUCCUUGCACCAUCACGCACGGUCUUUGGUCGAGUGCGGCGACGCGUCGCUAUGUCGAGAACGUUGUCGCUCAGGGUCAUCCGGAGCGUGUGCUUUCGUACGACGUGUCCUUCGUCGGCAUGGUCCUGCCCGGCGACUCGCUCAAGGUCAACAUCCGCCACGUAGCGAUGCGCGAUGGCAACCUUGUCGUCAAGAUCGUGACCACCAACGACCGCGACGAGAAGGUCCUCGAGGGCUCCGCUGAGGUCGCCCAGCCGCCCACCGCCUACGUCUUCACCGGUCAGGGCUCGCAAGAGCCGGGCAUGGGCAUGGACUUGUACAACAGCUCUCCGGCCGCUCGCGCCGUCUGGGAGGGCGCUGACGCCCACUUGCUUGCCGUUUAUGGCUUCUCCAUCGUCGACAUCGUCAAGAACAACCCGAAGGAGAAGACCAUCCACUUCGGUGGCAUCAAGGGGCAAGCGAUCCGCCAGCGCUACAUGGACAUGACCUACGACACGACUGACAAAGACGGAAACGUCAAGACGCUCCCUCUCUUCGCCGACAUCGACAUCCGCACCGCGAAAUACACCUUCAGCCAUCCUAACGGCCUCCUGUUCGCCACGCAGUUCGCCCAGAUCGCCCUCGUCGUCACCGAGAAGGCUGCCUUCGAGGACAUGCGUGUCAAGGGCUUCGUGCAAAAGGACUGUCCCUUCGCCGGCCACUCGCUUGGUGAAUACUCCGCGCUGGCUUCCAUCGCCGAUGUGCUGCACAUCUCCGCCCUCGUCGACGUCGUCUUCUACCGCGGCAUCACCAUGCAGCGCGCGGUCGAGCGCGACGAGCACAACCGCUCGAACUACGCGAUGUGCGCUGUGAACCCCUCGCGCAUAUCCAAGACCUUUACGGACGCUGCACUUCGCGAGGUCGUCGACGGCAUCGCCUCCUCGACCAACCGACUCCUCGAAAUCGUCAACUUCAACGUCGAGGGUCAACAAUACGUCUGCGCCGGCGAGCUGGUCGCUCUGCAGACCUUGACCAACGUCUUGAACUACCUCAAGGUCAAGAAGGUGGACAUCGUGCAGUUGACGCAGCAGUUCAGCGUCGAGAAGGUUAAGGAAAUGCUGGGCGAGAUCAUCAAGUCCUCGCACGACUCCGCCGUCGAGAAGCAGAAGAGCGAUGGGUACAUCAUCCUUGAGCGCGGGUUUGCGACAAUUCCUCUCCCCGGCAUCGACGUGCCUUUCCAUUCUCGCUACCUCUGGGCCGGUGUCAUGCCUUUCCGCACCUACUUGUCGAAGAAGAUCAACCCUGCUCAUCUCAAUCCUGACACCCUUAUCGGCAAGUAUAUCCCGAACUUGAUCGCUCAGCCCUUCGACAUCUCGCGCGAGUACGCCCAGAUCAUCUACGAUCGCACGUCGUCGCCUCGUCUCGACAAGGUUCUGAAGAACUGGGAGGAGGAGAAAUGGGGCAGCACCGAGAAUCGCCAGAAGCUGGCGUACGUCAUCCUCGUCGAGCUGCUCGCCUACCAGUUCGCAUCGCCUGUUCGCUGGAUCGAGACACAGGAUCUUCUCUUCACCGACUUCGCCUUUGAGCGCCUCGUCGAGCUUGGGCCUGGCCCAACGCUCAUCGGCAUGGCAACUCGUACCCUCAAGGCGAAGUACGAGGCGUCCGACGACUCGGUGGGCCGGAAGCGCGCCAUCCUCUGCCACGCCAAGCACCCGAAGGAGAUCUACUACCAGUUCGAGGACGAGCCCGAGGAUGCACCCGCCGAGGAGCCGGCAUCCGCCGACGCACCCGCUGCGCCCUCUGCAGCGCCCGCCGCUGCUGCCGCGCCAGCCCCCGUUGCCGCACCCUCUGGUCCUGUCGCGAGCGUGGAGGACGUGCCCAUCAAGCCCGUCGACGUCCUCGCCGUCAUCGUCGCGCAGAAGCUGAAGAAGACAGUGAACGAGAUCCCGCUUUCCAAGUCUAUCAAGGACCUCGUCGGGGGCAAGUCCACCCUUCAGAACGAGAUUCUCGGUGACCUCCAGCUCGAGUUCACGUCCGCUCCGGAGAAGGGCGAGGAGUUGCCGCUCGAGGAACUCGGCUCGUCCCUGCAGUCUGGCGGCGGCCUCGGCAAGCACACGUCUGGUUUGGUCUCUCGACUCAUCGGCGGGAAGAUGCCCGGUGGCUUCAACGCGUCUGCCAUCAAGUCCUACCUUUCCAAGACCUGGGGUCUCGGACCCCUUCGCGCGGAUGCAGUUCUUCUCCUCGGUACGACGAUGGAGCCGCCGAAGCGUCUGGCUUCGGAGGCAGAAGGUCGCGCAUGGGUCGAUAGCGUCGUCUCCGCCUACGCUCAGCGUGCGGGUAUCUCACUCGCGGCUCCUGGCGGGGCAUCCGGCGGUGGUGGUGGAGGCGCGGGUCCGACGAUCAACAGCGAGGAGUUCAUCAAGUUCCAGGCCGAUCAGCAAAAGUUCGCUGCCCAGCACGUCGAGCUCUAUAUGCGCUAUCUCGGCCGCGACUCUCGUGCUGGCGAGCUUGCGUUCGACCAGGAGAAGGCGAACUCGCAGGCUCUCCAGGCCAAGUUGGACAGCAUCCUCCGCGAGCACGGCGACACCUAUAUCGACGGGAUUCAGCCCGCAUUCGACCCCCUCAAGGCGCGCCACUUCAACUCGUCGUGGAACUGGGCUCGUCAAGAUGCCCUUCUCAUGUUCUACGACAUCAUCUUCGGCCGCCUGACGACUGUCGACCGCGAGAUCACCGCGCGCUGCAUCCGCUUGCUCAACCGUGCCGACCCCGAGCUCAUCACCUACAUGCAGUACUACAUCGACAAGUGCGACCCGGAAAGAGGCGAGACCUUCAAGUUGGCCAAGCACUUCGGUCAGCAGCUGAUCGACAACACUCGCGAAGUCGUCGGUAAGGAGCCUUUGUACAAGGAUGUGACCUUCCCCACCGCCCCGCAUACCGAGGUCACCGCGAAGGGCGACAUCGUCUACACUGAAGUCGUGCGCGAAGGCGUCCGCAAGCUCGAGGCCUACGUCGAGGAGAUGGCCAGCACCGACCCCGUUUCUGGCUCUGUCAACAUCGAAAAGGUCCAGGACGACGUUGCGAAGCUCUGGACUUUGGUGAAGUCGCAGCCCGGCAUCACCGAGGAGCAGAAGAAGCGCAUCAAGGCCUUGUACGAAGGUGUUGUACGCUCGCUCCGCAAAGGACCGGACUCUCCGCGCCCUCGUGUUACGCCUCGAACGCGUCGCUCGUCCUCGCAGUUUCUGCGUCCCCAGGUCUCUGCGGCGAACGUAUCCGCAGACCAUGUUCCCCUCCUGCACCUUAAGCGCAAGGCCGGCUCGACGUGGGAGUACAGCAGCAACCUGACCGGUGUUUACCUCGACGUUCUCCACGAGAUUGCGACAUCUGGUACAACCUUCAAGGACAAGAACGCUCUCCUGACCGGUGUCGGCAAGGGCUCCAUCGGCGUCGAGGUUGUCAAGGGCCUCCUGUCCGGCGGUGCCCACGUCGUCAUCACGACUUCGCGCUACAGUCGCUCGACCGUCGAGUACUACCAGGACAUCUACCAGACGUAUGGUGCUCGCGGCUCCGCCCUCACCGUCGUCCCCUUCAACCAGGGCUCCAAGCAGGACGUUGAGGCGCUUGUCGACUACAUCUACGCGAACCUCGGCCUCGAUCUGGAUUACAUCCUCCCCUUCGCGGGUAUUCCGGAAAACGGCCGCGAGAUCGACUCCAUCGACGACAAGUCCGAGCUCGCUCACCGCAUCAUGCUGGUCAACCUGCUCCGCAUCCUCGGCGCUGUCAAGUCCAAGAAGGCGAGCCGCCAGUUCGUCACGCGCCCGACGCAAGUCAUUCUUCCCCUCUCCCCGAACCAUGGUCUCUUCGGCAACGACGGUCUGUACUCAGAGUCGAAGAUCUCCCUCGAGACGCUGUUCCAGCGUUGGGCGUCCGAGAGCUGGGGCGAAUACCUUUGCCUUGCCGGUGCGGUCAUCGGUUGGACCCGUGGUACGGGUCUCAUGGGUCCGACGAACAUCGUCGCUCACGAGCUCGAGUCCUACGGAGUGCGCACGUUCUCUGCGAAGGAGAUGGCCUUCAACAUUCUCGGCCUCAUGCACCCGCUCCUGUUCAGCAUCACGCAGGUCGAGCCUAUCUGGGCGGACUUGAACGGCGGCAUGGAUCGCUUGCCCGACCUCGCUGAGAUCACGACCAAGAUCCGCACCAGCCUCAUGAAGAAGGCCGAGCUGCGCCGGGCCAUCACCCUCGACACAUCCGCCGACUUCAAGAUCACGAAAGGCCCGGAUGCGGAGCGUCUCCUUCAGACCGUCAACGUUCUCCCUCGCGCGAACCACCGCUACGAGUUCCCGGCGCUUGAGAGCACUGCCAGCCUCGCCGAUGUCUCGUACAUGCAGGGCCUACUCGACCUCGACAAGGUCAUCGUCGUCACCGGUUUCGGCGAAGUUGGCCCUUGGGGUAGCUCGCGCACCCGCUGGGAGAUGGAGGCGAGGGGCGAACUUACGAUCGAGGGCUGCAUCGAGAUGGCGUGGAUCAUGGGCUUCAUCAAGCACUUCGACGGUCGCCUCAAGGAUGGUACGCUGUACGUCGGCUGGGUUGACAGCAAGAGCAGUGAGCCGGUCGACGACAAGGAUGUCAAGGGCCGCUACGAGAAGGAGAUCCUCGCGCACGCUGGUGUACGCCUCAUCGAGCCUGAGCUGUUCCGCGGCUACGACCCGAAGAAGAAGGUCUUCAACCAGGAGAUUGAGUUGACGCACGAUCUCGAGCCGAUCGAGGUUGCCGAAUCGGAGGCGCAGAAGUUCAAGCUCCAGCACGGCGACAAGUGCGACAUCUGGGCCGGGGAGGAAGGGCAGUGGUUCGCCAAGCUCAAAAAGGGUGCCUGCGUGUACGUCCCAAAGGCGUUCAAGUUCAGCCGCACCGUCGCCGGACAGAUCCCUACUGGCUGGAGUGCCGGUCGCUACGGCAUCCCCGACGACAUCGUCGCUCAGACCGACCGCGUUACGCUCUGGGCGCUCGUGUGCGCUGCCGAAGCCCUCAACCAGUCCGGCAUCACCGACCCGUACGAGCUCUACCAGCACAUCCAUCCUUCGGAGAUCGGCACGUCGCUCGGAAGCGGUAUGGGUGGUGUGGUCAGCAUGGCGAAGAUGUUCAAGGACCGCCGCGACGAGAAGGAUGUGCAGAACGACAUCUUGCAGGAGACCUUCAUCAACACGACGGCCGGCUGGGUCAACUUGCUUCUCCUGUCGUCGUCUGGUCCUGUCAAGAUCCCCGUCGGCGCUUGCGCAACGGCACUGCAGUCUGUGGAGAUCGCAUGCGACACCAUUCUGUCAGGCAAGGCCAAGGUCAUGCUCGCGGGUGGCUUCGACGAUCUGAGCGAGGAGGGCUCCUACGAGUUCGCCAACAUGAAGGCUACGAGCAAUGCCGAAACGGAGUUCGCCAUGGGUCGCGAGCCCACUGAGAUGUCUCGUCCUGCGACGUCGACGCGUUCAGGCUUCAUGGAGUCGCAGGGCUCUGGGGUGCACGUCCUCAUGAGCGCUAGGACGGCUCUCGAGCUUGGCGCACCUAUCCGCGGCAUCGUUGCCUUCACGUCGACGUCCACCGACAAGGCUGGUCGCUCCAUCCCCGCGCCGGGUCGUGGUGCGCUUUCAAUUGCUCGCGAAGUUCCUUCCACGCAGCCGUUGCCCAUCCUCGACAUCAAGUACCGCACCCGCCAGCUCGAGUUCCGUCGGAAGCAAAUUUCGCAGUGGCUCACGCACGAGCACUACCAGCUGCAGGAGGAGAUCGAGUUCCGCAAGCAGGAGGGUGCCGAGGUCACCGAGGAAGAGCUCGCCGCUCGCGUCGACAGCAUCGAGAAGGAGGCGGCCAGGCAAGAGAAGGACGCGCUCGCUGUGUUCGGCAUGCUCGAAGGGUCUGACCCUCGCGUCGCCCCGCUCCGUCGCGCACUUGCCGUCUGGGGCUUGACCACGGACGAUGUCGGCGUGCUCUCCAUUCAUGGCACGAGCACUGGAGCCAACGAGAAGAACGAGACCCAGAUCUGGAACGACAUCUUCAAGGGCCUGUCGCGCACGCCGGGCAACGCUGUCCCUAUCAUGGCGCAGAAGAGCCUUCUCGGUCACUCGAAGGGUGGCUCUGCUGCGUGGCAGAUGUCGGGCUUGCUCCAGUCGGUCUACCACGGCAUCAUCCCGGGCAACCGCAACAGCGACAACAUCGACCCGAUGUUCCAAGACCGUCACUUCCUCAUGUUCCCUUCGAAGACGAUCUACACUGCAGGUAUCAAGGCCGGUCUCAUGUCCUCUUUCGGCUUCGGUCAAGUCGGUGGCACGGUCCUCAUCUUGCACCCUCGCUUCGUCUUCGGCGCGCUCGACCCGGCGUACUACGAGGCGUACAAGGCGCGCAACCGCGUCCGUGCUCUGCAGUCGUACAAGGCCAUGAGCGACAUGAUGGUCAAGCACUCGCUCGUCAAGGUCAAGGAUGCCCCGCCGUACACGCCGGACUUGGAGGGCAAGGUCCUCAUGAACUCGCUGGCUCGCACGAUCCGCAACCCCAAGACUGGCAAGUUCGAGUUCGGCAAGAUCAACUCCACUGUCAAGCAGGACACCGCGAACGUCAAGGCCGUGUCCGAGUUGCUGUCGAGCGGUGGUCUGUCCGAGUCUGCUAUCGGCGUCGGUGUCGACGAGGAGCUCAUCUCCGCCGUGCCUUCGCACAACCCGACGUUCGUCGAGCGCAACUUCACGGACAACGAGGUGUCGUACUGCCAGGCGCAGCCAUCCCCUGCGUCGUCGUUCGCUGCUCGCUGGGCCGGCAAGGAGGCCGUCUUCAAGGCUCUCGGCGUCAAGUCGAAGGGUGCCGGUGCUGCGAUGAAGGACAUUGAGAUCCUCAACGACCCCGAGACGGGCGCUCCGACGGUCGUCCUGCACGGCGAUGCCAAGGCCAAGGCUGAGGAGAAGGGUGUGUCGAAGGUCUUGAUCUCGUUGAGCCACUCCGAGACUGUCGCUAUCGCGUUUGCUCAGGCCUCGAAGGCCGCAUAGACGUCUGCUAUCAUCUUACUUACCUGUAUCAUCUUGUGCUCGCUGCCAUUAGACAUUUCUCGCUAGGACUCGUAACGUACCCGCUCCAUCUAUAGUUGUAUCCAUCCGUAUAUCGUACUACGUCUAUCACGUAUCUCAUGUCAUUGCAUAGUUAUCCUCACGAAUUCCACGUUUCUUCAUGUUCUCCUGCA